AGUGCCGCCAUUUCACGUGCAAGCAGCCAAGAGAACGGUGUGAGGUGGGCCUGGAAAUCGGCUAAACAAAAUCGAAUUUUACCAAAAAUAACGAUUUUAAUCGGAGAACAAGGCCCUGUUUUCGAUUUUUAAUCGUCUGUCGGUUUAAUUUUGAGGCGCAAAAAUGAGCUACGGAAGGCCCCCGCCCGAUGUCGAGGGUAUGACCUCGCUCAAAGUGGACAAUCUCACCUACAGGACCUCUCCUGAGACACUACGACGAGUUUUCGAGAAGUACGGCCGGGUGGGAGACGUGUACAUCCCCCGCGAUCGGUACACCAAGGAGAGCCGUGGUUUCGCCUUCGUGCGGUUCCAUGAUAACCGCGACGCUGAAGAUGCGAUGGACGCGAUGGACGGGGCCUUGCUUGACGGGCGGGAACUGCGAGUCCAGAUGGCGCGCUAUGGCCGUCCACCAGACUCUCACUUCGGGCGCCGAGGCGGCGGUGGACCCCCAAGGAGACACGGAGGCUAUGGUCGCAGGAGCAGGAGUCGUUCGGCCAGCCCCCGUCGGCGCAGACGCAGUCGUUCCCGGAGCAGGAGCCGCUCCCGCAGCCGUGGCCGUGACUACAGCCGUUCCCGUUCUCGUUCCUACUCUAGAUCCCGUUCCAAGUCCCGCACCCCUCGCAAGAGCAAGUCCCCAUCUCGAUCCAGGUCCCGUGGAGCUUCCAGGUCCCGCUCCCGCAGCCCGGCUUCCAACAGAGGCUCCAAAUCCAGGUCGAGGUCCAAGAGCAGGCCCAAGUCCCCCGAGGACAACGGAACCGACUCUUAAUAACAACAGCUCCAACCCGGACCCAUUAAAACGAUGACAUACGAUUGGGACUUCUUCUCUGCGGAUGCCAACCAGAUCAUAAGUCUGCCAGUGGACACCUCUCUACGCCCCAUAGAAUACUGACCAAAAGGUUAUUGCGACUUGGUCUAAAAUGUUUUAAAUGAUUUAUGCCCAGAAAGACUACUAUAUAUUUACCAAUGCGAUGUAACUCCGAUGACUAAAGUUGAGGACAUGUUUAAAGGUUUUGUGAGGUGAAUACUGGAUUUUGUCUUAUUGUUAGUGCUGGUUUGUUGCAUAUGGAUUUGAUCUUGUUUUAUUUUAUUGUGAAGUAGCUACAGCUUUUUUUUUUUUUUACCGAAGCCUGUAUUUAGUUGUUUUAUUCUCUACAGAAGGAUUCUGGUUUUUGAGUUACUGGUGUUUAUUUUUUUAUUUUUUUUGCAGAGUUGAUUUUAGCAAAGGGAGUGUGACUAGCCCCUAAAUGAUUUCCAUUCUUUUCUAAGCAAAACCAGUAACACGUAGAGGCAAAUUAAUAGGAACAAUAAAAAGCAAAUAUUGUAUCAAA